AUGCAGAGUAUAAAAUAGCUAUUAAUAGAUGUGCUGGAUAUUAUUGAUAAAGUAUAAUGUUUUACAUAUAAGGAUGUCGUGGAAGCUUAUUAAUAAAUGAAUAAAUUAACUACGAAAGAGAUUUGUGGAUAGUCGGAAAUAUAAUAAUAUGAAUACAUACUUUAAAUUGUAGCUUAUCUGAAUCGGUUGCUAUGUUAUUUAAUACCAUUAUAGAAUCAAGAUACUAUUUGAAGAAUAAUUAGAAGAACAUAUUAAUAAUGAUUAUGAAUCAAUUAUACAAAAUCUUGAGGCUUCAAUACGUUCCCAUAUAAGAGUGGAACAAUAACAAAAAUUGUAAAUCGAAAGCUUGAUGUAAAAAAUCGAAGAAAUUACUGUAGAAAAGGAACUCAUAAUUUAACAGCAACAAGAUAAAAUAAAAUCAUUAGAGUAGAUUAUUAAAGUAUCUAAUUAAUAUUUUCUAGGAAUAAAACAAGAAGCUUUAAGAAAACUCGCCUAUAGAAAUUAUACAUAGGAAAACUCCAUCUGCUUUUGAGAGAUUGGGGAAAUUCGUUCAAAAUAAAGUUCAAAAGAAUAUUCAUAAUUCUACUUAUGAGGCAAAUUUCAAGACUUUCCUGAAGGUUUGUCAUACUGAUGCUGAUCGAUCUCUAUCAAAAGGAAGAAGACAACUAUCUGCAAAAAGAGAAUUAGGGUUGCAGCGAGUAAAUGAUGAGACGUAGCAAAUUCUCGAAUCUAAAAUUACAGAAACUGAAAGAUAAAGAGACAAUGGUAGACAUAAACUCUAGAGGUCAGAUAAAAUCAAUGAAUUAUAACAUUAAACAACUAGUCCUGAAAAAUAAAUGUAGAUCAAUAAAUGUAAAGCAUUAUCUAAGGUUAAUUAAUAAUUUAUUAUUGUAGUUUGACUCUUAGAAAUAAGAAUAAACAGUUUCUAGUUAGAGUUUUGAAUAAGUAGGUAAGAGUUUAAUAGCAUUAUAAAAAUAAAUUUCUAAUGGACGCCUUAAAACUACUUAAGGAACUUAAUUACUUAAAUUUUUAUAAAAGAAAUGA